AAUGUUAGACCUUUUUGUAGAGAAACUUUGGAGAGAAGUACAUAGAUUGUUGACCGAAGAAGAGCGAAAUAAAAUAGAAUGGACUAAAGACAAAUUGCCAGUGACUGGAAGUUGGAAUAUAUCUAACCUUAUUUCAUCAUUAGAUUUUAAGAGGAAAGCUAAAGUAAAGGGACUGGCGGAGGAUUUAACCGAGAGAUAUGAAAUCAAAUUUGAAUAUUUGAAGGAAGGAGCAGUGGGAAGGAUUGUAAAAUUCAAACCUGAUAUAGCGUUUGUAUCUCCAGAAAAUGAUGUUAUAGUCUUAGAGCUUGCAGAACUAGAGUCUGAACCAAGAUUCUUUAAUCUAGUGGAAUAUAACAUUUUUGAAGAAAAGAUUCACGUGUUUGGUCAUCCUGAUGGAAUCCCACUUCAACAUGAUCCUGGAUGUACUAUCAUAAACAAUGAAACAAAACUUACUGAAUUGAAAAAGGAAGGAAUUGCUUUCUUUAAAAAGGAGUGGCCAGAUAAGGAACGCGAAAUAAUAGAUGACUAUGCCCCGUGUGUAAUAUCUGAGGACAAAAUUUUAUUUCAUAGCUCCAGCAGCACUGCUCAUGGUGCUUCAGGUGCCCCUCUCACUAUUGUUGAUAAAGGCACCCUUAAAGUGUACGGGAUGCUUUUAAAUGGAUACCCCAAACAAUUUUAUAAUUAUUCUACUAAGAAAGACAUGAAGCGUCCUGAUCUGUUGGUGGAGUCGGGGAUCUCCAUGAAAAAAGUGAGAUCUUUACUUGAAUCAUGUUUACCUGAAGAAUUUGUAAAGGAGUUGUUCUGCAAGAAAUGAUUUAUGAUAUGUUUAUCUGUUCUUUUGAUAUGUCAAGAAAAAGAAGAUAUGCUAUGAUAUAUCAUGAGUCUACAGCAGUGUUUUGUUACUGUAUUAUUUUAAAGCGUCAUAAUUAUCGUUUUGAAUUUGACUUUAAAUAAUAUGCAGUUUCAAUUUGUCAUUGAUAUGUGUACAUGUACAUUGUCCGUGCAUGAAUAUAUUAAGCGAAUUUACAUGUACAUUGACCCUGUCUGUGACAAAGGCUUGUUAUUGAACAGUGGAAACGAUUCAAUUUUGUUACAUGAUUAAUAACUUCCAUUUCUCUGUUCCCUGAAUGGCUGAGAUCCAGCCAUGUAGUAAAAAUACUACUGUGAAAUGAUUCAUUUUCAUAAGGAUUUAGUUUUCGUUUAUUUUUAUUUUCAAGCUAUAAAGAGACCCAAAAAAUUAUGUCCGCCACAAAAAACAUAUUUUUCAAAUACAUGUAUAUUACUACUUAAAAAUUCUUCAACCACGAAAUCAACCAUGAACCAAUAUAUUUUCCACAAACCAUGAAAAUUUUACCUCUCAGAAAUAUGUGAUUUUACAGUGUGUUCUGUUCACCUUCGUGUGACCUUCCAGGUAAAUAUAAGGACGGAUUUUUCUGUAUAUUGGACCACGAUACAAAUACAUUGGAAAAUACAAUUGAUACAAAAAAGUUUUAGAAUAUUAUCUUACUUGCACCUGAUCUCCUAUCAAAAAAUAAUUAUUUGUGGAUUGAUAAAUUAAUCUGUUUUCUCUAUUAGUUGAACAGACUAAUUUAUCAAUCCACAAAUAAUUUUAGUCUGUUAUCUCUAUAAGUUCAAGUCGCCCUUGUGGCACAGUUGUUAGAGCCUCUGAUCUAGAGUCGCAAAGUAAGGAGUCAAUCCUUACGUCGCGGUUUCGAAUCCCACUGUGGGACGUGGAGACCGGUUCUUUGGAUGAGACCGUAUAAACCGUGGUCCUGUGUCGCAGAAGGUGCUGGUACGAAAAAGAUCCCUCCCUGCUCAAUGGCCUUGAGUUGGGAGUAAAGAACAACAUUUGCCGCUCUCCACUGGCAAAUGCUGCCGUCUCCAUAUGAGUGAAAAAUUCUCGAGAGGGACGUGAAACAAUAUACAAUCAAUAAAUCAAUCUAUUAGUUGAAUUAUAGAAUAAGAAAAGUUGGUGGUCUUUUUUUUUUUUGAUAAAUACGAUGAUUUACUCAUUGUUGAAGUACAAUAUUCAUGUCAACCUUCGGCCUCGAUAAAUAGUUUACAUCUCAGGUGUCUAAUUUCAAAAACAUUAUAUUGCCCUAAAUAUAAUAUAAUGGAAUAGGGGAAUAGUAUAUGCAAUUACUUGCAGUGUAUGGAUGCAAGUAAAAAUAAUUAUUUGUAUGUAAUGAUAUUUGGACAAAUGACAGGUUUGUUAUAAAAGUAGAAGGUAUGUUACAAUACAAUUUGUAACAACAACGUAUUUUGUUAUAAAUUGAGAUUGUUUUUUUUCUUCUUUUGUCUAUGGAUAAGUCAGUAAGAGAAAGAUGAUUGGUUUGUUGGGAAUUUCUCAGAGUUAGAAUUUUAUACGUACAAUGCUAUGAUAUAUCAUUGUUCAACUACCGCUUUCUUGUAAUUGUAUUAUUCUAUAGCAGCAUUAUAAUAAACUUGAUCCAUCCAU